AUGCCCAAGUACGCCAAAGAUCAGCCCAUCGGCUUCAAAAACGCCAUCGAAAGAGUGGCCAUCGCCGGAGGCACCGUUGGAUGGCAUAUUACCAACGCUCUCCUGAACACCGGUCGACACACCGUCACGGCCCUUUCCCGCAAAGACAGCGGCAACAAACUCCCCGCGGGCGUGCGCGUCGCCUCCGUCGACUACGACGACGAGGCCACCCUUGUUGCGGCCCUCAAGGACCAGCAGUUCCUGAUCAUCACCAUGGCCCCUACUGCACCUCGCGACUCCCACAGCAAGCUCGUCCACGCGGCCGCCAAGGCCGGGAUUCCCUACGUGAUGCCGAACGGGUACGGCAUUGACAUUGACGACAUAAAGUUCGGCGAAGAGACAAUGCUGGGGCCCGUGGCCAAGGCCAACCGGGACGAGGUCGAGCGGCUCGGCAUGCAGUGGGUCACCGUGUGCUGCGGGUUCUGGUACGAGUACAGCCUGGGGGGCUCGGAGACACGCUUCGGGUUCGACUUCAACACGCGGUCCCUGACUCUCUACGACGACGGGAACACCAAGAACUCGACCUCGACACUGCCGCAGGUUGGGCGCGCCGUGGCCAAGGUCCUCAGUCUGCCUGAGCUGCCUGAGGACGAGCAUGAUCAGAGCCUGACGCUGGCGCGGUUCCUCGGCCAGGGCGUGUAUGUGAAGAGCUUUGUGGUCAGUCAGAACGAUAUGUUCGAGAGCGUCAAGCGGGUCACUGGCACCACCGACGCCGACUGGAAGAUUACCCAUGAGGCGUCCAAGAAGCGAUACGAGGAUGGCCUGGCGCAGGUGAAAGCGGGGAACUUGGCUGGGUUCAGCAAGAUGCUGUAUGCCAGGGCGUUCUACCCGGAUAAUCCUAGUAAUCUCUCGGUCAAGGCGCAGAAUGAGCUGCUGGGAUUGCCGGAGGAGAGCCUGGAUGAGGCUACGAAGGCUGGAAUUGAUUUUGUCAAGGGGCUGGAGCUUCGUGUCGAGCGUAUGGCGGCCUAG